AUGGACGACCCUAUUGAAGCACGCGUGCUUAUCCCAGGUAUUGCAGAAGGCGAUCUUAUCGGGAGCAAUGUCGCACUCAGCUUCUGGGGAGGUGUAGAUCCCAAAACUGGCACAGUCAUCGACACUCACCACCCCCUCGUGGGCAAAUCGGUAGCGGGCAAGAUCUUGGCGAUUCCAAGCGGCCGCGGCUCCUGCACCGGUAGUGGAGUCAUUCUUGAGCUCUUGCUGAAUGGAAGCCAGCCGUCUGCCUUGGUCUUCGCCCGGGAGGAAAUGAUUCUGACCCUCGGCGUUCUUAUCGCAGAAGAAAUGUUCCAGAGGAGCAUCCCAGUCCUGCAGGUCCCAAUGGCAUCUUUCAACAAGUUGUUGCAGUCCAAUCAUGUCAGAAUCUCAGGGACUCAGAUUUCAAACUCAAAGGGACUGCCCGACUCUACAACACCCAGCUCUCUAUUCGGUUCAUCUCUCUACCAGCCCGAUUUCUCCACAAUCCAACUAUCCCCUUUAGACCGCGAAUUACUCAACGGAUCUCAUGGUAAAGCAGCACAGGUGGCAAUGCGAGUGAUUCUCCGUACAGCAACCAUACAAGGCGUGACAGAAUUGAUCAAUGUCAAACAAGCCCACAUCGACUGCUGUAUCUACACUGGCCCAGCCACGUUGCAGUUCGCCCAGACACUCUGUCAAUGGGGAGCGAAAGUCCGUAUACCCACUUCCCUCAAUUCCAUUUCCAUUGAUAGGCGACUAUGGCGCUCGCAGGGAGUCGAUCCCGCCCUGGGCGAGCCCUCUGAGAAAUUGGCGCAGGCUUAUAUCGAGAUGGGGGCUCAGCCGACAUUCACAUGUGCUCCGUAUCUUCUAGACACUGCCCCACAGCCUGGAGACAAUAUCAUGUGGGCUGAGUCUAAUGCAGUUGUCUUUGCAAAUAGUGUGCUUGGUGCAAGGACGAUAAAGUGUCCAGACUAUCUAGACGUCUGCGUUGCCUUGACCGGACGGUCAUUGAAUACCGGAUGUCAUCUGACGGAGAACCGCAAAGCGCGGAUAGAAAUUCACUUGGAUCUCGCCGUUGAUGCCGAUGAUUCACUUUUCCCUCUUCUUGGAUACAUUACAGGCGACAUUGCUGCCGAUUCUGUGCCGAUUAUCACAGGACUAGAAGGAAAGAUUGUUUCGACAGAGGAUCUGAAAGCCUUUGGCGCGGCCUUUGCGACGACUUCCAGUGCUCCAAUGUUUCAUAUUGCGGGGAUCACGAUCGAAGCCCGAAGCACAGAAGAUACUGAGGCUCAUCUGAGAGACACGGCGAAAGUCAGAGUAUCACGGUCCGACCUUGCAGAACAAUGGCAGCGAUUCAACGGCUACGCAGAGGGUGAGGGACAGACUCAUAUUGAUCUAGUGUCGCUUGGAAAUCCACACUUUUCAUAUGCAGAGCUCGUGAAGUUGAUGCAACUUUGCUCUCAACGUUCAAAGAGCGAAAAUACAGCACUUGUAGUGACCUGCAACCGCGACACCUACAGCCGAGCUGCCAAGGAUGGUUUGAUCACCACACUCGAGGAAUUCGGGGUCCAGAUUGUCACCGACACCUGUUGGUGCAUGAUGCAGGAACCAAUCAUCCCGCUACAGUCAAAAACCAUCCUGACGAACUCUGCAAAGUAUGCUCAUUACGGGAAAGGGCUGACGGGCCGGCAAAUUCGGUUCGGGGGUCUGGUGCAGUGCGUGGAGGCUGCUUGUUCGGGACAGGUAGUUAACCGUAUGCCUUUUUGGCUUGUGGACACAGGUAGCGCAUAG